AUGGGCGACAACAUCGAAGCGGCUGCGCCGCAUAGCACCUUCGACACCAUCUUGGUGCUCGAUUUCGGCUCUCAGACCAGUCAUCUCAUCCUACGUCGUCUGAGGUCGCUUAAAGUCUAUGCUGAAAUGCUCAGCUGCACCACCAAGCUUGCAGAUCUCACCUGGAAGCCUGCUGGAAUUAUUCUCAGCGGAGGUCCAUCCUCUGUUUACGAUGAAGGAGCUCCCCACGUCGAUCCUGCCGUCUUCGAUCUCGGAGUUCCUAUCCUGGGUAUCUGCUACGGCUGCCAGGAACUCGCCUGGCGUAUUGACGCACAGAAUGUCGCUCGCGGCUCUACCCGAGAGUACGGCGAGACGGAUCUUACCAUCCACAAGGUUAAUGACCAUGCCGACCGACUGUUCGACGGCCUUGGCGAUUCGCUGCAUGUCUUCAUGAGCCACUUCGACAAGCUGGUCCGUCUUCCUGAGGGCUUCGUGACUAUCGCUAGCACAAAGGGCGCUGAGUUCGCUGGCAUCGCCCAUCAGUCGAAGCCAAUCUUUGGAAUCCAGCUCCAUCCCGAGAUCUCUCACACGGCGCGAGGUACCGAGAUUCUUAGCAAUUUCGCCCUUAAGGUCUGUGGCGCACGCGCAGACUGGGAGAUGGAAAACUUUACCGAGAAGGAGAUUAUCCGGAUUCGGAAGCUUGUUGGAGAUUCCGCCCAAGUUAUUGGGGCUGUCUCCGGCGGUGUCGACAGUACCGUGGCUGCGAAACUGAUGAAGGAAGCCAUCGGCGAUCGAUUCCACGCUAUUCUUGUGGACACCGGUCUGAUGCGUCUGAACGAAUGCCCGCAAGUCAAGGAAUCUUUGGCGGAGCAUCUCGGCAUCAACCUCACGAUUGUGGAUGGGUCCGAGCUCUUCCUUAGCCGUCUUGCCGGGGUUCUCGAACCGGAGGCCAAGCGCAAGAUUAUCGGCGGGACUUUCAUCGACCUCUUUGAGAUUGAGGCACUCCGUAUUGAGAAGGAAGCAGAGCACACGGCUCUUGCUGGCAAGGUCGAAUGGUUCCUCCAAGGUACCCUCUACGCCGAUCUCAUCGAGAGCCUCAGCUUCAAGGGCCCGUCAGCUACAAUCAAAUCUCACCACAACGCCGGCGGACUCCCCGCACGGAUGCAAAACGGCGACGCGCAGCUCAAGCUGCUGGAGCCCCUCCGAGAGCUGUUCAAGGACGAGGUGAGGAGCUUUGGCCGCCAGCUGGGAAUCCACGAGGAUCUCAUCAUGAGGCAUCCGUUCCCCGGACCUGGCCUCGGCGUGCGCAUCAUAGGAGACAUUACAGCCGAAAAGGUCGAGAUCACGAGGAAGGCCGAUUUCAUCUUCAUGACAAUGAUCAAAGAGGCCGGCAUCUACAACGAGAUCACCCAAGCCUACGCUGCGCUUGAUUCGAACAAGGCCGUGGGCGUGCAGGGAGAUUCCAGGGUGUACGGGUACAUCUGCGUGCUGAGAGCUGUGACCAGCUUGGACAUGAUGAGCGCUGAGCCGUACGAAUUCUCGUGGAGCUUCCUCAAGGCCGUCAGCAGGCGGAUUAUCAACGAAGUCGACGGCAUUGCAAGGGUUGUUUACGAUACGACCUCGAAGCCUCCCGGCACGAUCGAACUGGAGUGA